AUGUCUGAAGUGGAAAAGCCAAGAUUUGUGAUGUCCCAGGACAAGUUUCUGAGCAGCUGUUCUGGUCAGCGUUCAUCGGCGUGCCUUCUAACUCCACGCCCUUCGAGUCGCCAAAACGGCUUCCUUCAGCCGUUGCGCUUCAUCUGGCCUUCAUUGACUGGUUUGACUCUCAUCAAAGUGGAGAAGCAGCAGAGGCAGCACAUCAUUCUGGUAGAUCAAGGCCUCUGUGAAGGGAAGUCCAUAGCUGUAUUGCACCUUCGGUCGAGCACUUCACAUACCUGCGCCGAAUUGCAUGCUUGA